AUGCACUCAUUGAUUGGACUUGUCGUUACCCUAUUUGUAUUCGUCAACUUCAGCCUGUCCAACGCCCUGCCCUACGACUUCAACAUUCGAAAUGCGGGCAAUGCCACCUUCGACUACGUGAUUGUUGGUGGCGGUACAGCAGGCCUGACUAUUGCGGCUCGACUCGCAGACCGGAACUACCAAGUAGCUGUGGUGGAGGCAGGAGGAUACUAUGAGCUCAUGUAUCCGGUGACGCGAGUCCCAGGAUCUUGCAGCCUUGGAGCGGGUGCAGAUAUCCGUACAAAAACCCCAAUUGACUGGGGCUUCGUGGCCCAGAGAGUCGCUGGCGCAAAUUUCCGGGAUAUUCAUUAUCCAAGAGGCAAGUGUCUGGGGGGAUCGUCGGCAUCAAACUUCAUGAUAUAUCAAAGGCCAUCAAUUCAGUCAAUGGCACGGUGGGCGGAGCUUGUCAAUGACUCCAGUUAUCUGUUCGAGAAUGUGUUGCCUUUUUUCAAAAGAUCUGUUUCUUUUUCACCACCGAAGGCAACACGCUUCGCGAAUUCCACGCCCUUGUUUAACGCCACUGCAUUUGACAAAGAAGGUCAGCCAGUGCAAGUCUCAUAUCCGAAAUAUGCGAUGCCAUUUUCUACAUGGGUUAAGCAAGCUCUGAACGAAAUCGGGCUCCAAGAGGCGCACGAUUUUAACAGCGGUUCUCUCAUGGGUCAUCAGUUCUGCGCGAUGACAAUCCAACAAACAGAUGGAUCGAGAAGCAGCUCCGAGUCUGCAUUUUCAUCCCAGAAUAGACAGUGGACAUUCUACUUAUAUGCUAUGGCCAAGAGGAUCCUUUUCGAUAACCAAAAGAGAGCGACAGGUGUCCUUGUCGAACAGGGCAACGAAUUUAUUCUGACAGCCACUCGAGAAGUGAUCAUUUCAGCGGGUGCCUUCCAAUCUCCACAGCUGUUGAUGGUCUCUGGUAUAGGCCCUUCGUAUGUCUCCCAGACAUACGGCAUUGAUGUCAUCGCUGACCUUCCCGGGGUUGGUCAGAAUAUGUGGGAUCAUGUUUUCUUCGGACCAUCUUACCAAGUAGCCGUGUCGACUUUGACGUUGCUUGCCAGCGAUCCACUAUAUCUUCUCUCGCAGGCGGAGGCUUGGUUCUUUGGUGGAAAUGGGGUUCUCACAAACCCAUCAACAGACUAUGUGGCAUUCGAAAAGCUUCCAUUGGUAUCCCUUUCUGGAUUCUCUCAGGAGAACAAACAGGAUCUGGCUUGGUUUCCGAGUGACUGGCCAGAGGUCGAGUAUCUUGCGGGCUCUACUUAUGUGGGAAAUUUCUCCGAUCCAUACGUGCAGCAACCUCGAACUGGACAAUACGCCAGUAUAAUAGGCAUCCUAGUCGCACCCAUCUCUCGAGGAAACGUGACAAUCCGCUCAGCGGAUACAGCUGAUAUGCCAGUGAUAAGCCCUAACUGGCUGGAGACUGAUACCGACAAAAAGGUCUCGGUUGCAGCCUACAGGCGUGCUCGCGAUCUGUUUCGCACUCAAUCUAUGGCGCCUGUGAUCCUUGGGCAAGAAUAUUUUCCCGGGUUGGAGCAUGAAACAGACUCCGAGAUAUUGGAAAUUAUCCGAAACACGAUGAUGACAAUCUAUCAUGCCUCUUGUACAUGCAAGAUGGGUGUUAGCACAGAUCGGAUGGCUGUUAUUGACAGUCGCGCCAGGGUCUUUGGUGUCACUGGACUGCGAGUCGUCGAUGCUAGUGCGUUCCCGAUUCUUCCGCCGGGACACCCUCAAUCAACAAUUUAUAUGCUAGCGGAAAAGAUCGCAGUAGAUAUCAUUAUCCAUGGGUCG